AUGUUGAAAAUGCAAUCUUCGAUGCAGCUGCAGAAUUCAUCAACUACCACCACGACUGUCAUGGGGUUGGAAAAUAUUGAAUCAGAGAUUAAAUCUUUGGAAGAAUCAAUUGAAGGCUUGAGAUAUUUCCCAGAUUUUUUGAGUGAGAAACAAAGUUUAGACUUGUUGAACGAAAUUGAUGAGAGAAAUGAAUGGGAGAGUGAAAUUAAUUCCCGAAGAACACUUCAAUAUGGUUAUCACUUUAAUUAUCUUCAUGGAGGAGGUUUGAGAAAAUUGCAAGAGGAAAUUCCGAAUUAUUUAAAACCAGUGAUGGAAAGAAUUGAACAAUUGGAGGAUGGUUCAUGUUGGCACUAUCCUCAAAUUUCACAAAUAAUCUUGAAUGAAUAUAAGGGAUUGGAGACUUACAUUUCAAAACAUAUUGAUUCAUUGGAUUUUGGACCUACUGUGGCAAUUAUCUCACUUGGAGAUCCAUGCCUCAUUGUUCUACACGAAAGAACACCUAAAGAUCCAAAUGCUACAUGGAAUGCCAAUGAAAUUAUUCCAAUUCAGAAUUUGCAAGCGACAGGAAAGAAGAUGUGCCUCGUGUUAAAGCCUGGCUCAUUGUUAGUGCUGAAUGGAAAGGCCAGAUACUUGUGGCAACACGAAAUACCAAAACAAUGUCUUUGGAAAAAGUAUUUAGGUGAAUCGUGGAAAACUUUGGCUUUUGGAAGUGAAGAUUUCGAUGAAAACAAGUUCAGAAGAGUUUCAUUGACUAUGAGGUCAGUUGUGGUUCAAGUUCCUUAA